GCAAAAGUUGUGUUUGGAGGUUCAAUUGAAUCGAUAAACAAAACAAUUUGAACAUUUUCUGGGCAAUUUGUUUAUAAAUAUUUUAAGUUAAGCAUUUGAUUUUGCGCUCGCUUCUCAUUGAAUCGAAAUAAUGGCAACUGCUGUGGCUACUAAUCCUAAAAAGACAGCUUCUAACACUGUCCCAGGAGGAGUGCGAAAGAAAUCGGGGCCCAAGUUUGAAUUAUCAGAAGAACAGAGAAGAGAUAUUAAAGAAGCAUUUGAUUUAUUUGAUACCGAAAGUACUGGUAAGAUAGAUACUAAAGAGCUGAAAGUGGCCAUCAGAGCUCUUGGUUUUGAGCCAAAGAAAGAAGAAAUCAAGAAAAUGAUAGCAGAAAUAGAUAAAGGUGAUGGAAAAGUCUCAUUUGAAGAUUUCCUUGAUCUAAUGACUGUAAAAAUGGCAGAAAAAGAUACAAAAGAAGAAAUAAUGAAAGCAUUUAAACUUUUUGAUGAUGAUGAAACAGGGAAAAUAUCAUUUAAAAAUCUAAAGAGAGUCGCAAAAGAACUCGGUGAAAAUCUAACUGAUGAAGAACUUCAUGAAAUGAUAGACGAAGCAGACAGGGAUGGAGAUGGGGAAAUUAAUCAAGAAGAGUUCUUACGUAUAAUGAAGAAAACUAGUCUUUAUUAAGACAAAUUAAAUCUCUCUGUUCAUAAUUUAUUGCAAGUUUAUGUUGUAGAAAUCUAAUAGUCAGUAUUCAGCUCAUGGCUACAUAGUCAAAGCAAUUGUUUUUAUGUUAGUUAUAAUAAUUAUCACCAAAAUGUUAUUAUAGUUAGUUGGAAAUAGAGUAGGAUAACAUUGUAGAAUUUAUUUUCACUAAAUUCCAAGCCUACAUCUUCUAGGUAUUUUGUGAUCAAUUAAAUAGCUUUCAUUGUUGGUAGCUCAUGGUCAAUUGAGGUGUUUGUUUAUUAUUUUGAAUGAUAAAAGUAAUUAUCACAUAGCCAAAUAAACUGAAUUUACUAAUAAUGUGCAAAUAUCUGUGGGUAAGUGUGAGUUUAUUUUUAGUUAGUAAGAUCAAUAUCUACUACAUGCACAAUGUGUUCUUAAUCAAUGUAAUUUAAUUUUAAUAUCCACCAGGUGCAUUUUUAAAUUUAAGUACUUUUUGUAUUGUUUUGAGAAAAAUAUCUGUAGCUGUUCUUUUUGCCUAUGUAACGGUUAUUAUCUCAAAAGAUUAUAUUCUAGAAACUUAAGAUAUAACUAUUUUAUGAAUAAAAGUUUAUCGGCACUAUGAAAU